AUGUCGUCUCGAGAUCGAAGUGGCGGCAGUAGCCGCGGGUUUAGGAAUUUCGGGCAUGGCGGACGGAGAGGAAGCCGAGGCGGAAGUAAUCGCAGUAGUGGCUAUGAUCAAGGUCCUCCGGAACAAGUGACUGAAAUAGGGUAUUUCACGCAUACAUGUGAAGAUGAUAUCGUUUGUCACAACACAUCGGGCAAAAUUCCUUAUUUCAAUGCUGCGAUCUUUUUCGAAAACAAAGAACAAAUUGGCAAAGUUGAUGAGAUCUUUGGUGGUAUUAAAGACAAUGGAUUCACUGUGAAACUGCAAGAUGGUAUCAAAGCUUCGUCUUUCAAAGAAGCACAAAAAUUGUUCAUUGAUUCAGGAAGACUUUUACCUAUUGAACGAUUCUUGCCGAAUAGUGCAAAUAAACGAGGGAAAGGACAAGUACGUGGAACUGGACGCGGAGGUCGUGGUCGUGGUGGCAGUGAUCGAAGUAGAUUUCGUGGUAAAGGAGGAGGUUCAUUGAUCCGGAAUGGUGGAAGUAAUCGAGGUAAUGGGGGCGACCGAGGCGGUUUUAGAGGUGGCAGUCGUGGAAGUUUCAGAGGUGGUGGAGAACGGAAUGGUCGAGGCAAUGGUUUUCGAGAAAGAGGGCGAGGAGUUGAUUUCGGCCAUAAACGAAGUUUUGGUGGACAUUCAGAAACAAUCAGAAAUAAAAGGAUGAAGUUUGAUGAUUAG